CUUUAUUAUAGCACACAAACCAUUUAUCACUGGAAAAAAAAUGGUAACCAUGCAAAUGCUCAUGAUGUUAAUGGUGGCUGCAAUUUUAUUUUGCAGCCACCAACAAGCGGUCGUGGCGAGAGAAAUGGUCGUGGUCGAUAAUGGGAUCGGGAGCGAGUUACAAAGCUCCCCAUUUGAUGUUCUAUGUCAGUAUUGGUCGUGGCCACAACUAUGUCAUCCUCCAAGGCCACGUCCUCGUCCUCGUCCACGUCCACGUCCACGUCCACGUCCACGACCACGACCACGUCCACAACCACGACCAUGUGCAUCACCGCCACCGCCUCCACGCUCGCCACCGCCUCCACCACCGUCCCCACCCCCUCCCGCUCCGGCAACGAGUUGCUCAGCUAGUGACAAAGAAAAGGUGAAGAAGUGUAUGUUCAACACAACUUCAAUCGAUGCAUGUUGUCCGACAUUUCGGAGCAUACUAGGCACUAGUUGCCCUUGCUAUAAGUAUGCUGAGGAUUUGGACAAUCAAGUCUUGAUCACUCUUGAAGCUUAUUGUGAUGUCGAUACCCCUUGUAGGGGCAUACCAGUGAUUAAGCUAUACAAGGAGGAGGAGUUAAAAAAAUGGAUUGUUUAGUUUCUUAAUUCCAGAUCUUGUAUUAGAUAAUUUUCUGUUAAUUACCCUAGUAAAUUGUAAUGUUGUGUUUUACCAAAAGUAAUUUUGACAUAUCCGUCAAAAUCCUUAUAAUAAUAAUAAUGAUGUUUAUAUCA